UUUUAUGUUUUUAUAUUUACACCCUUCAUUUUACACAUAUUUUUACUUACUGUAACAGACAAUGGACAAGUUUGGUAUGCACAGUCAGACUGAGCAGAUGCAUGCGAGGCAUGUUGGGACAGGAAACGCAGAUACGACCAAGCACCAGUGGUUGACGAACCAGCACCGCGAUACCCUGACACAGUAUGUGACUGACAACAGUUUGGCCACGUAUAUUGCUAUUGCCGAGGGCGAGUCAUUAUCGCGGGUAAAAUUCAACAUGCUGCAGCGGAUGCGCGAGCCCUGUGGACCAACACCAGCGGCCGGAUCGAUCAGACCAAACGAAUGAGUAUUAAAAAAGCCAGUAUGUAUUUAUUUAUAUUAUUUGGUG